GAAGAGGGGUGGAGACAUCUUCUUACCCUGCCACAGUUAGACAGUUGAGACCAGUGCAAUAUUUAGCAAAAUGUGGGGGGUGGAGUCCUGUUCUGGAUCCACUCCAUUGCUUGAGGGCAGCCAUCAUAGUGUUCACUAUUGUGUGCGGCUGAGGGAAGAAAAAGAGAGGAGGGCGCACAAGGGGGGAAAGAAAACCUAUCCCUUUGUGUGGGAAAGACUCAGCAGGAAAGUGAUUUUGUGACUAUUUGAGUUUGCCGGCAAAGGAAGGAUCUUCCCCCUGACCCUCACGCGCAUUUUUUUGUCAACUCCGUGUGCCUCGAGAGAGUCACCUUCGAUUUGGAUUCUCCGGCCGGCAAACAGCGACACCCCAGCUUCUCCUGAUGAUGAGAGCAGACGUCAGACUGGUUUGCAUGAAUAUUGAUGUGGAGGAUAGUCUGUUUCGUAGAAGAACAGAAGGAGGCAAGAUGGCUGCCCUUUAGGAUUUGUUACAGAGGAGAUCCAGACGGUUCGGUGGAAUUUCUACAAAGUGGAGGGACGUGAAAGAAGGACGCAGAGAGGGCAGCCUGUGAAUGGACUCUGAGCAGGCCAGAUGGAAACAGACCAGACCAGACAUGAGACUGAAGAAUGUUUGACAUUAAAGAAAAUUGGCAGAUCCCGCAACAACUCUAACAAACUCCAUAAUGGAGAGACCUUUUCAGAUGGAGAGCCUCUUCAAAUUACUGGCGACACAAACUGGAAUAAUUACAAGCCCAGCACAGUUGCCAACUCCAUGAACAGGCAAAACGAAACCUGCAACGACCCUGGAUCAGUACAAGGGCUAUUAGAUCAGGGAUCCUUUAUUAUGAACGGAGAGUUGAUGAAUGGAGAUUUCAAGCAUGUACUUGCUGAACAGUCAUUCCUGGUUAGCCAGCCGAAGAAAUUUAAAGGAGAUUCAGAGAUUUCUGAAUUGAAAAUAAAUGCAGAGUUUGAAUGCAAUGCUCAGGCAGAGAUAAAAGUAGGAAACAGGAAUUGUGCAAUUCCGAAUGGAGAUCAUUUUCCUCUGCCAAGAAAUAAACAUGUUUCAAUUAAUGGUGCUGUACUCACCACCUCCACAAUAGGAAGUACACCAGGUGAUCUUUUACAGAAAACCUUGUCUCAGUAUUAUCCUGCGCAAGUAUCAAUUGCACCACAGAGGUCUGGGACACAAGAUGCUAUGAAUGAUUCUCUAACUAGUAAACUGCCCGGUGAAGAUCUUAUACCUUCCACUUUCACUUCAGACUUUCCCAAUUCUGCUCAGAUGCUUGAAACGCAACCACGCCAGCCUGGGACAUCUGGUAUUGCGGAGAAUGUCAACAAUUUUAACUCUUUAAACUACAUAGUCAAUGGAUACUUGAACAAUCAUGAAAUAGAUUACCAGCAGAAAAAACAACAGCACCAACAUCUUCCACCGCCUUGCACUAGCCACGAACGAUCUCUUGAUCACCUCACUGGCAUGGUCCCGUCAUCAAAUAUUGCCAACUCCAUGCAACAACAUAAAAAUGGCCCACGGUGCUAUAAUAAUGACACAAGUCCUCAACAAACGUAUGCGAACCACAAUUUUGAUCGAAACAGUUUUAAGGAGCGCAAUACUCUACAGACAACUGACGCAGUACUGGCGAAUUAUAGAUCAUCACCGAUACAGAACAUGGUGCAAUGCGGAAAACCUGCGUCUGGUCAUGCUCAGCAGUUUGGGAUUCAACCUAGGAACUUUCAACAGAAUUUUGGAAACAUACAUGGAACUGACUGCAUGGGCACUAAGGGACUCAAUCCACAGCAGCACAUUCAGGCUGGAUUAGAAAAUAGUCUGGAUAGCACAACCCAGCAGACAGGCAACUUGUGUUCAACUCUCCAUCAGGACAGCUGGAUGGAACAGAAUCCUUCAAAGCAACAGACAAGUGAUAGGUCAUCCCAGAUAGACCUAGAAAAGAGGGGGUUCUCUGCCAAGGUUCUAUCAGACCAACAGAGACGUAGCCUCCAGGUUCAGGGUCAGAUUUUGGAGGCAAGCACUGUACAAAGGUUUGAGUCACCUGGAAUGUUCAAAGAAAACAUUCAGGAGUCUAACAGUAUACAGGAACAACAAGUUAGUCUCUUAGGCCAACCACACUGUGCUUCAGCCCCUAACAAAAAUGAAUCGGAGUGGCAGGAAUCAAAUUCUAACACACAUUUAAUGCAGCAGCCUCCACCCCAGACAAAGCACGAUCAAAAGGCCGGGGGACAUUAUCACACCCCCAUGCAGUCCGAGCACUUACAUGACAACCCUGAACUGCAGGAACCAUUGUCGCCUGGGUUUUUCACAACACAGCAACAGCAGCACUGUAAUCUUCCACGUCCACUGUCCCACCCGCCUCAAUUGGAAGAACAGCAACUUAAGUCUCCCAUUUACAGACCUCACAGUCAGCCUCAGCCAAGUCAACUUAACCAGCAACACAGAAACAACUCUGCACAGCCCAAUAGUCACUUGUGCUACAAAAACACAACAGAUAUUCAAAUACAACGUCAAAGAUCGUUUUCUCCAAACUCAGCCAGCAGUGAUUCCAGGCAAUUUCAACUGCAGCAACCCAAUAACUGCCAACCAUCUAAUAAUACCAACUUCCCACAGACUUCUACACAGUCACAACCUUAUUUGCCACAAAGUGCAAUAAACCAACAGAUAGCAAUGCAUAUGUAUCCGAAGACUGAACAUCAGCUGAACGCAUGUUCUCAGUUACAAAGGGGAUCUCACCUGGGAUCGCCAAUUCCCCACAGAGACUUCCAGAAGCAUGAAGCCCUACGGACGCACCUGUUACAAAGGCAAGAAAGACAGGGCCCUCCCCAUUCUACACAAAGCACUAGGGAUAGCAACCAUGGCCUCACAAAUAUAAAAAUUGAAAAUGGACCCAGAUUUAAUUUGCCGGGCUGUUCACAGCAGCAACCGGGUGGAUUGCAAAUCAAGCAGGAGAAUCAACAAUCUGUGUGUGAGAAUAUUAGGCAGAACAAUAUCCUAGCCUCCAUGGAACAAAGUCUAAAACAGUACCAACUGUCCCCUGUAUUUGAGAAAAAAUCUUUCGUCAUUAAUUCAAAUAAAGUCAAAGUAGAAUCUUCUGGGCCUGUCACAAUUCUGUCAACCAACACUGACAUGUGUAAAGUGGAAGCAUCUGUAGCUGCUACAUCCAUGACAGCUUUAAAAAGAACACCUGACUCCACGCCCAAGAAAGAACAACUCCUCCAGAGAUUCAUGGAUUCUCCGAUGAAGCUAUUUGAUACCCCAAUAAAAAGUCUACUUGAUACGCCUAUUAAAACACAAUAUGAAAUUGCAUCCUGUCACUGUGUUGAACAAAUUAGUGAGAAGGAUGAGGGCCCAUACUAUACUCACCUAGGAUCAGCACCUACGGUUGCUGGUAUACGGGAGGAGAUGGAGAGAAGGUCUGGUUUAAAUGGUCAAGCCAUCAGGAUGGAGAAAGUGGUGUACACCGGCAAGGAAGGAAAAAGUACACAGGGGUGCCCUAUUGCAAAAUGGGUGAUCCGGCGAGCCAGUGUAGAAGAAAAGCUACUGGUGUUGGUUCGAGAACGCACUGGACACAAAUGUGAGACAGCCUGCAUAAUCGUGGCCAUCCUUGUCUGGGAGGGCAUCCACCCCAGCCUAGCUGACAAACUCUACCUCGAGCUAAGUGAAACUCUAACAAAGCAUGGAGCCCUCACCCAAAGACGAUGUGCUCUCAAUGAAGAGAGGACCUGUGCAUGUCAGGGAUUAAAUCCAGAUGCAUGUGGAGCAUCAUUCUCCUUCGGAUGCUCAUGGAGCAUGUAUUACAAUGGCUGCAAAUUUGCCAGGAGUAAAAUUCCAAGAAAAUUUAAACUACAAGGAGAUGAUGUCAGAGAGGAAGAGAGACUGGAGCAAAACUUUCAACAUCUGGCCACCUUACUGGGUCCCUUGUAUAAAAAUAUGGCACCUGAAGCUUAUGGAAACCAGGUGGAACAUGAACACAGAGCACCCGAUUGUCGUCUGGGGGUUAAGGAGGGGCGUCCCUUCUCUGGGGUUACUGCUUGUCUGGACUUCUGUGCUCAUGCUCAUAGAGACGUCCACAACAUGCAAGGGGGCAGUACUGUGGUAUGCACGUUAACAAGGGAAGAUAAUAGAGAGGUUGGAAAGAUACCAGCUGAUGAGCAGCUCCACGUCCUGCCACUGUAUAAGGUUGCCAACACGGAUGAAUAUGGCAGUGAGGAGGGUCAGCAGGAAAAAAUCAAAACGGGUGCCAUUCAAGCCCUCAGUGCCUUCCGCCGCCAGGUGCGCAUGCUUGCAGAGCCUGCCAAGUCGUGUCGCCAAAAGAAGCUGGAUGCUAAGAAAGCAGCUGCUGUCAAGAACGCCAUGUUAGACAACUCUCAUGAUAAGGCAGAGAAAGUUACACCGUCUAAGAUAAAAGCUGGAACUUGUGAAAGUAUCACUCUAAGCACACCUGUGCCAGGUUUUAUUCCAGGUGCUAUGGGAGCCUCUCAACAUCCUAAUCAACCAACGGAUCCCCUUGGAGUCCAUUCUCGGCAACUGCAGCAUCAACAGCACGAGAACAUUCUUACCUCUUAUCCCGGUGCAACAAAUGUGGCCAAAUAUCCCAGGUUUCCUGGCCACCCAGGAUCUUUUCCAAGCACUUCAAAGCCAGGGAGCAUGUUUCCCCAUCAAUCCUCAACACCAGCAAGCCCUUACCCUUCCCCAGUCCAUGCACCCAAUUCAUUAAUUGACGGAGCUAAACGUUCAUACCAUAGUUAUCAAUGUAAUGGAGGUAUGCCUCUUGAUAACUACCAUCCAUACUAUGCUUCAAACCAAAAGCAACUGGACAUGUAUCAAAGGCAAGUGUUUCACUCAGAGCAGCAGUAUGCAGCACAUCAGCGUUUUGAGGUAAAUUAUCCACCAAAUUAUGGUGAUCCAGGUUUACAAGUUAAUGGCUAUAAUACAUGCAGCAAGAGGCCAGUUCAGCCCUUGAGAGCUUUCAGUCCCUGUAUUCCUAAUGGAGCCGGAGACCCUCGCUUUAUGGACCCCCUUUCAAGAGCACCCUCUGCCCACAGAGUGCAAGACUACACAGCUGCUGGGAGCAACUGCAAUCAGUUUGGAAGAGCCCCACAUCCAUAUUUGGGAAGUCUGCAAAUGUUACCCCCAGGCCAACAACCAUUCCAUAUGCAAAUUAAGCAAGAGAUGGGUAUUGCUAACCCAAAGAUGCUUGGUGCUCAAUUAAGUGACGGGUGCUUAAACCCAGAAAUACACACGGGAUUGGAUAUGCUCAACUGCAGCCCCACAGUAAAUGGUAUUAAGCAAGAGCCUGGAGCCCCACAGAGACCCACAACCCCACAAAAGCCAGAAAUUUGGUCAGACAAUGAGCACAACUUUUUGGACCCUGAUAUUGGCGGAGUAGCAGUUGCACCGAGCCAUGGCUCAGUCCUCAUUGAAUGCGCUAAACGGGAGCUCCAUGCCACAACGCCUCUUAAAAAUCCAGACCGUCAUCACCCAACACGCAUAUCCUUGGUCUUCUACCAGCACAAAAAUUUGAAUGAGGCUAAGCACGGUCUGGCCAUGUGGGAAGCAAAGAUGGCAGAAAAGGCUCGUGAAAAGGAGGAAGAUGCAGAGAGAAAUGGUGGUGAGGGGACGCCAAGCAAGGGCAACAAGAAGGGGACAAAGCGUGAGCAUCCAGAGCCGUCAGAAUCUCUUGGGGAGCCUCCUUAUAAGCGUUUUAUAAAGGCACUCAUUGAGGGGUCCUUAUCGUGCACAACCAACACCUAUGUCAAUACAUCUCCGUAUGCCUUUACGAAGGUCACAGGACCUUAUAGUCACUUUGCUUAAAAUACCCUCGAGGAAACAAAUGAAGGUGCUUUAUUUAUGCUACAACAACUUGCAGCACUGGCCUCAUACAAACACUCCUAACCUGUUCAGGUCUUACACGUUUUUAACAACUGAGCUUUACUUGUUGACCCUGCUAUGGAUGUAUUUAUUUUUGUUUUGCAACUUUUGCAAGAUACACACUGUUAAACCAUCUGGUGCUCUCAAUUGUACACACACUUUUUUCCUUCUUACUGGAAACAAAGCUUAAUCUUUGGUGGCUUUAUUUUAUAUUUUGAAUACUUCAACAUGGCAUGGAAUGCCAACUUUGAAAAUAACAACUUCAAGGUGCUAAUUAUGCGUCUUUUUUUUAAAAUGUCUUGAUACCAUAAUUGAUAUUACAGAUGAAAUAAUUAAACAGGAAAUAAUGGGAGAUUUGUGAAAUCAUUAACAUCGAAAGGAUUUGAUACGUCGGUGUGUCUUGAGCACUUGAUUAUAAAAUUUAAAAUUUCCAAGCAUCCACAAAUUAAAACAAAUCUUUUAGAAUUCCUAUGAAAAAAUUAUUCAGUACACUAUUGUAUUGUUGUUUCUUUCGCUACUGAUAUUCUAUACAUUGAGCCAUUCAAAUGGUGCAUUUUUAUAUUUUAAGGAGAAGAAAAUCUUUUUGUUAUCCAAGGUUUUCCAGUUUACUCUCAGCAAAAAUGUUCCUUUCGGCAGGUUCAUUGAACCAGCCUAAAUUGUGAAAAUUAAGUGUAGUUUUAUGUCUGUGGUGCUUUGUUGAUGUGCUUUUUAUACACUGAGGAGCAUGAGACAGGGUAAGUUCGGUGUCACUUUCAGAGGGCAGCUGGCUUGCUGUGGGUUCUUUGAUUAUUGUAAUCUAACUGUAAGAUAAACAUGUGAUAUGUGUACAGUAACUUAAAUUCCCUUUUUGGAAUUACUGUUAUAAAUUGUGUUUGUUGUAAAGAAUGCGCAAAGUUUAAUUCAUUGUUUAUCUUUGUGUUCCAAUGGAUCUUGUUUCAUAGGGUGCUAUUGAACCUGUUAAAAAUUACAAUGUGAGACUCUUAAGGCAGUGAGAAGAAGGCUGUUAAUGUACAGAACCAACCAGUCAUAUACCUCAAAACCAGUUUGGCAAUAGGAAAAUAUAUAUAUAUUUCGUUUUUUAAAUAUUUUUGGUUACAGUUUAACUGAAUGCCACCUGAAAGGCGGAAAAGUUAAUUUCUUACUUUCUUACCUACCUGCUAGAAAUUUUUUAAUUUUUAAUGUUACUGUAAAAUCAGGGACAUUUAAAAAGAAAAUGUACAUUAUUGCCUGCAUUCGUUUUGUCUUUUUCCUCAUUCAGGGACAUGCCAUUGCAUUUUUUGUCCCAGUGCAACUUUUCUAAAAUACAUCACACAGAUUUUUAGAGGGGGGAAAAUUAUUUUAUUAUUAUUUUUUUUUACUUCUUUUUCUUAGCUAGUAGGAUGGAGUUUGUUUUUCCUCUAAUGAACACAAUGUAUAUGCACUGAUGUGACUAAAGGGAAAGUAUGAUAUAUAAUUAAGGGCAGUUUAUUUGCUUUCGCUAUGAGGCAGGACCAAGGCAGUGAGUAUCGUCUUUGUGCCUGUGUAUAGUUGAAUUUAUUUAUAACCACUAAGCAAUUGUAUGAUUUCUCCUCUUUAUUUUUUAAUUAAUGUGAUAUAUAAUGGAAUGACUGUAACGUUAUGGUAACAAUUCACCCACUCUUAACAAAUUCGUUUUCUGAAAGCACUUCAAAAUAUUUUCAGGAAAAAAAUUGUAUAUGUAAUAAAGUACAAAAUGUUUUAUUUAAAACAGGGUGUAAAUGAGUUUGUCACAUUGUACAGUGCAUAUCAAUUAUGAACUUUUCAGAACUUGAUGUUGACAUAGGUUUUCGUCAAGGCAAACUGAUACACAAAUUAUCAAAUCUCAAAGAACACAGAUACAUUAUCCAGGAAGUUUUUGUAAAUAAUACACUCACUGUCAACAUAAUGUUUACUGUUAGCUCGAUGAACCUUUGAAUUUAUAUUUUUGCGUUUUCAAAAUCCACAGUGAUGUGUUCCUUGUAUAGAGCCCAGCAACAGUAGCACGUUGUGGUAAGGAGAUUUAAGAGGUAUAUAAAAAAAAAACAAUAAUAAAUACAAAAAAAAAAAAAGCAGUACCAUACUUGAAGCUUAAGAGUCAGCAUUACUUGAAUGACUUUCUGGGCAUAACAGGAGUACUGGUUAGUACUGCAUGUACUCGGCUCAGACAAUUAACAGCUGAUACUUUGUAUAUUUUUUUGACAGACAGACACUAAAGGUUAUUACUUAUUUCCUGUUUUAUUUGUCAAGACUUCUCUUGUUUUCCUGAAGCUUGGUAUGCUCCAAAAAUUGGAUUAAGGAUAGGGGUUCAACUGUAAGUAUUGUAAUGUAUUGAAUGCAGUUUAUUUCAAAGCUGUUAUCAUUGCUUAUAUUGCCAAGAUGUGGGUGUUUUCUUUCCUCCAAUAAAUUUAUAUUUAUUGAAAGCAAUUUGACUUGUUUAAAAAACAAAACAGUUCUACCAUUAUAAAUACAUCGCUAGUUUCAAAUGUCUGCGUGUGUGUUUUCAGCCAUCGCUGUGGCAAGAAACCAUUAAAAAACACUUUACAGUUAUGUAUACAAUUACCUCAAGGAAAAAGACCAUUAUCUCUGUGUUAAUGGAUGAUUACAAUAAAAGGAAGUGACACCAUCAAAAACAUAUUUAAUCUCUGAUUGGACAUUCAACUUGACUUCAUAUUGAUUACAACAUUAUUUUACUAGUUCAUGAUGUAAAAAAUGUACAGUACGUUUUUAUUUUUCUGUACUCAAUGUCAAACAUGGCUUUUUAUAGAGCUGAGAAUAGAUCCUUACCAGAUAAUACUCAUGCUGCUAACAAAUAGUGACGCAGCAUUAACUGAUGAUGAUUGUUUGCGUCCAGGUUUUUCGCGUUUCCCAAUCAACUCAGACAAAGUGCCACUUGUCCACUGUAUAGGUACAAAUGUAGAAAUGCAUUAAAAGUGCGUGGAGGCGUAUAACACCUCAAAUAAGUGAUGAUCUACUUACCCUCUGAUGAAACACUGUGUCCGCAACCAGGUGCAGGGGCCUGCAUAAAUAAAAGUUACAUUUAACAAUGACCCAAUGUCACUGAUGUACAGUUGCUUUGCCACUCUUCUGAUAGCACUCAUUACUAUGAAAAGCAUAUCGCUGGCGUCGGGCCGAAACCCCGUGUGUCAAAAUUUGGUCAAUAAACUUUUUUCACAAACCAAUACUAUUGGUCAGUCCCCAUGUGGGUAUGUUAUUUUUUCAAAUUAUUGACAAAUAUUGUGCAGAAAAAGGCUUGUUCUCUUUGACGAUGCAAUGUUAAGGGCUCAAUAAACUUUCUUUUUUG